GUGAUGUUCCCAUUGCACGCUUUGUAGACACGGAACAGGUGCACGUCGAAGGAAAACAAUUGUCUACACCAUUUCUGAUCGAGACAUCCAAGUCAGCGCAACUCAAUCUUUUUUUAAUCCAAUCGUUAAACGAUAUCGACACCUCUAAUGUUAAUUAGUGAUUAGGCAUGAAGCGUUAAAAGUGAUUUUUCAGGAUACAAACAUAGCGACGUCAAACGAAUCGGAUAAUUUUCCGAUAAAUACAAAGUAUUAGUUAUUGUGCAGAAAACCGCGAAAGUUUAAAUGUUUAAUAAAUGAUAAUCGAUACUUAUGAAGAAGUGCUGUAACGAUCGAACAAUUUUUUUUAUAAUAAGGUGUAAUUAACGUUUUAGUCAAUGAUUCCGUUGCAUUGAUUAAUAACUCGUGAAGGUUCUUCACUCUGAAAACUGUGGAAUUAGCAUUUGCUGUUAUUUCGAUAUAGGAAUAAUGUGAUGUAAAUAGGAAUGGUAUUCUGCUCUAGUUGCCAAAGAGUUCGAACAAUAAUCAAAACGACGUGAUGUGUUCACAAUGGAAAAACAAAAGGCCACCAUGAAGAUCUUAUCAUUCCUUAUGUUUUACAUUAACCUUGUCGCAAGUCAAAGCCCGGUAGCAGACAAUCGAUGUUUUCUAGAAAGCGGAUCAUCGUCAGAAAGUUUCUUCGUACCAGAAGACCAACCAGUAGGUUCAACGAUAGGCCAAGUGAGAAUAGUAGGCGAUCCAAGACCUGGAGGCAACAUCGGUUUACGACUCAAAGAAGCCGAUAGUCCGGUAGCGAUAGCUCCUGGAACGAAGAACCUCACACUCAAGAAACGCCUGGACAAAGAAGGCCUAGAAGGACCUUCAUCUGUCUUCGUCAACCUCAUCUGCGACAGGUUAAACACUCCUGAUCCUGGCUUCGCUAUCCCCAUUAAUAUAAGGGUGACGGACGCCAAUGAUAAUUCCCCUGUUUUUAUAAACGCUCCGUAUACUCUCAACAUAUCCGAGGUGACUGUGGUUGGAACCAGGGUGCUACAGGGCGUCCAUGCCGUGGAUAAUGACCAGCAGGGGCCCUUCUCCAAUGUGCGGUACUCGAUCAGUGCAGGUCCGGACUAUUUUGAGUUCGAGAACGAGCUCGAAGGGACGCUGGUUUUGAAGAAACCCCUCGAUUACGAGAGCCUGAAGACGUUCGAUGUGCAUAUAAGGGCGCAGGAUCACGGUGAGCCACCUAGGACUGCUGAUACGGUUCUGACCGUUUACGUGAUGGACGCCGAUGACCAAAAUCCUCGAUUUCUGGACGACCGGUAUACGGCGUCGGUACGAGGCGCCGAUGUUUCGGGUACAGUGCUGACGGUACAACCAAAAGACAUCAGAGCGGUGGAUCAGGACAAAGGAUUGAACGCCCCUGUAUAUUACACGUUCAACGGACUGGGUCCAGACUACGAACUGUUCAAGAUCAACAGGAAGACCGGGAAGGUAGCUUUGGCUAGAAACAUCACCGACGGUUCCUUGAGGCAUCCAGCUACCAUAGUGAUCAGAGCUACCCAAGAAGACAACCCUGACAGAUACGCCUUGGCCACCCUUACGGUGAAUAGGGAAGGUGGUGUUAGUGACGGUAUUCAGUUUUUGCACGAGGUUUUUUUUAUUUCUGUGGUAGAAUCGACACCUACGGGAACAGUGAUAGCCACUUUGGCAAACAACAGGCCGGGACAAAGUUUGAAGUAUUAUGUUUCCGAUCAAAAUAUUCUGAAGACGUUCGCUCUUAAUACCAAGGGGGAAUUGUCGUUGAAGAAGAUGCUGGACUUUGAGGAGAGGCCGGAGUAUUCUUUCAAGGUUUUCGCUACUGAUGGAAUAACGAACGACUCCAGCCUGGUCAACAUAACCGUCGAGGAUGUCAACGAGUGGGAACCCCGUUUCAGAUACCCGCAUUACGAAUUCUACGCCACUGGCGAGCCGAAAGAGCUCCUGGGUAAGAUCGAAGCGGCGGACGGUGACAAAAACGACAAAAUCACUUUGACGCUGUUGGGAGUCAACGCCUCCUCCUUCUUCAUCACUCCCAUGGGAGAGCUACGUCUUCGUGGAGAUGGAGGUAGAAACACCGGAUCUGUGUCUUUUGAGGUCGUCGCGACGGAUAAUGGACGUCCUCCCAAGUCCUCAAAGGUGCCGGUGUCGGUGCAUUUUCCUGGAGGUGAGAAUUUGGCUGCUGUUGGUACAAAAAGGAGUGGAGCUGGGACGUCCUUGCUGCUGGUCGGUUUGGGGACCAGUUUGACACUGCUCGCCGUACUUGUGGCCUUCUUGGUCGCUUAUAUUUAUAGAUCAAAAAGAAACAAUCGACGAGAACUGCCCACUCUGCAACAAGAGAAAACUUCUUGCAGUAGUCCAAUAUCAGCAAAGAUGAGCAACCCCGUUUUCAACGACAGAUUGAGAAAUCCAACUGCAACAGCAAUGGGCGGACUGCCCAACCUGGCUACACAGCUUAGCAAAUCGACAAUUCCAAGUCCCAAAGUACACCCUGCCCCACCACCUCCAGUGUGGCCCCAUUCAGCCACCUCCUCUGUGAGAGUGAAAAAGUUGAGUUGGGGAGAUGACAAGACUGACUCAGGAAGUUCAGAGAAUCUAGACAACAUCGACGUCACACCGAAAGUAAUGGAAAGUACGAAUUUAACAGUUUACUUCUAAGAAAUUCUACUCCUGAGGAGUCAUAUCCAAUAAAGAACAUGUAAAUAAAUAGUUUUUUAUGAAGAAAAUAAAUAAGUAGGUUUGUAA